AUGAUGCGCUCAAACAGUGUCAGGAAAAAGGAGUACAACUGCCAAGUUGGAGGAGUCCAGACUUAUGUGGUAAAUGGUCUGUUGAGGAAUCUGCCUCUUUCCCUCCAUGGGGUCCAAGUCUUUGUCCACGGACAAGACACAAUUGUCCUCACAGACUUUGGCUUGCUGGUGAAUCCUUCUGGACAGAGGGUUGCUCUCAGCACUGUGAAUGCAGAGCUAACAAUAACUUAA